AACAGCAACAACAAUAAAUUUAAACAAAAAAAAAAAAAACAACUUAAGCAGCUGUCGAAGCAGCAACUAGAACAACAGCAACAAUUAAGAAGCAAGCCACAUGAGCAGCAGCGCGACGCCAACGCCGACACAAACGCCAACGCCGACGUUUAAUGGCGAGCAUAAAAAGUGAAAUGCCGCCACUGCACGCGGCAGAGGCGCUCGCUGCUAGCAGCAGCAGCAGCAGUAGCGGCCCAACUGAUAGCGGCGGCGGAGGUGGCACAGCAGCAACUGCAGCUGCAGCAGCAGCAACAACUGCAGCAGCGGCCGCAGCAACAGCAACAACAACUGCAUCGGCAGCAACUGUUGCUGGGGGCAGUGCGCCAGCAACGCCGAAUGCGAAUGCAACAAUCAGCGCCGCCGCGGACUCCAGCGAUAAUCAGCCAGGCACGCCGCAGCCAACAACACAGCAACAAUCGCUGAUGUCAGUGGACGCGCAGCAGCAGCAGCAACAGCAACAACAACAACAGCAGCAGCAGGCGUCGGGCAUAACGCAUCAGCCAUAUGCAACGCAUCACAUGUACGCAGCAGCAGCGCAACAGCAACAGCAACCACCACAGCAGCAGCUCUACGGCGGCCUCUACGCCAGCGAUAUGCAGCAGCAACAGCAACAGCAGCAGAGCUACGCGGCCAGCAGCUAUAUCAACAGUUACGAGCAAUUCUAUCAGCAACAGCAGCAGCAGCAACAGCAGAGCGCGGCUGACUACGGCGGCGCCUAUGUGGAUUACAGUAAAGCCUCGGCGGUGCGCUAUCAUCCGUAUUUGCAGCAGCCGACGUCGGUGCUGCCAACGGCUGUGGCGGCAGCAACUGUUGCUGCCGUCGACGAUGCCACAGCAACACCGGCGGCCGCAGUGACGACAACAGCAGCAUCUGUUGCCGCGAUGAGUCCGCGCGUCGUCAGCAGCAGCAGUCCCACCUCCACCUCAUCGCAUCUGCAGCUGAGCAGUGCCACGCCCAGUUCGCCAGGAGGCGGCUGCAAGUUGCAGUGCAAAAAGUGCGGCAUCUUGAACACUAACGAAUCGGAAUUGCAGGAACACAUUGCCAAUGUGCACGGAGAAUCGCCAUACGGAAGCAGCGGGUAUGCCAGCUCGCCCUACAUCAAGGAGGAGAUGCCGAUGCCGACGCCAACAGCGGUGGCCGCAGCAGCAGCAGCAGCGGCGGCAGCCAGCGGUGAGCUGCUCGACUUGGACUCACAGAAGAUGGUCUAUCACCAGCAAUUGCUGCAACAGCAACAGCAGCAGCAGCAGCAACAACAGCACCACCAUCAUCACCACCACCUCCAACAGCAGCAACAACAACAUCCGCAACAGCAGCAUCAGCAGCUCCAUCAACACGACGCUGUGGUUGCCGGCCUGCCAUUGGCAUUGCCCGAUCCAUUGCAUUCGAUGCAAUCGAUGCAGCAACGUGCACUCCACAGUUGGGAGCAACAGGCCACGCCCACCGAGGGUCUGCCCGCCUAUAUGCAGCCGCUGCUAGAAAAAUCGCCGCACUACUACGGCUCGCCCAAGCAGUCGCCGUAUCACCCAUCGACGGUGGUGAAGCAGGAGUAUGCAUUGAUCAAAUCCGAAUAUGCCGACUCGCAGCAUUAUGUGGACAAGUCGUUCGAUCCGACGGCAGCCGAGGUGACCACCAGUCCGGCCGAGUUUCCGAGCACCACAACAACGGAUGGCAACGCCGUGGGUGGCAACGCUGGCACCGCAUACCGUGGCUUCGAGCCGCCCAGCUCCAGUUCGGUGCUGCCGGCGAACAGCCUCACGGCCAAGGCGGCCACCUGGAAGUCGAACGAGGCGCGUCGCCCGAAGACCUACAAUUGCACCGCGUGUAACAAGUGGUUCACCAGCUCGGGCCACCUGAAGCGCCACUACAAUACGACGCUGCACAAGAAUGCGGUUAAAUCGAGCGGUCAGCCAGAUCCGGCAACGUUGCCCAUAUCAGCGCAUCAUCAUCCUGCACGUGAUCCCGUUACAAAGACCAGUCGACGCGGCAAUGCGGCAGCAGCGGCCGCAGCAGCAGCGGCAGCGGCGGCGGCAGCAGCAGCAGCAGCAGCCACACAGGAACCGCCAGCAGCGGAGCCGCCCAGAAGUCCGCCGGACUAUGGAGGAGGUGGCGGCGGUGUUUGUGGGGCGACGGGCGUGCAGGUGGGCGCCGCCAUGUCGCAGUAUUCGGCCUCGCCGUCGCCCACCGCUCAGCAGCAGCAGCAGCAGCAACAAUUGAUUGCCAGCAAUGGUUAUGCCAAUGGCCACGCCCACUAUCAUGGCCAUUACAAUAUCCAGCAGCAGCAGCAGCAGCAACAAGUGCAAUCGACGACAAACGCUUCACCACAGCAUGCUAAUAGCAACAACAACAACAAACAGCAGCAGCAGCAACAACAGCAGCAGCAGCAACAACACAAUUCCGUUUUGAACGGUCACCCAAACGGGCUAGCAGGUCCCUCCGCCCCAAUCAACAACAACAACAACAACACACAAAUGCCGUCCUCCCAAAUGAGGGGCCUGCUGAACAACAACAACAACAACAAAAUAACAACAAUCAACAACAACACAACAACAACAAUAGCCACAACUAUAAAAGUCGAGCAAAUGGAGGACAGCAGCAACUCAGCAAUGGUCAUGGAACAGGAGCAGGAGGAGGAGCAGCAGCAGCAGCAGCAGUUGGAGGAGCACCAACAGCAGCAGCAGCAGCAGCAACACGUCUUGCUGCAACAUCACCCACUGGAGCAGCAGGAGCAGGUCAGCUAUCUGUUGUCGCGGCCCUAUCACAGCAGCAACAGCAACAGCAGCACCACCAUAUCCACCACCAGCACCACCAUCAACAGCAGCAGCAGCAGCAGCAACAACAGCCACCAACAACUGCAACAGCUGCCGCAGCAGCAGCAGCAGCUGCAGCCGCUGCAGCAGCAGCAGCAACUGGAACAGGAGCAGCAACACCAAUCGCACCACCACCAACUGUUGCAGGCAAUGGAUUUCUCGCGCACCCAGCCGCUGCUGCCGCCGCCGCCUAUGGCAGCGCUGCUGCCGCCUAUAACAAUGGACUACAACAUGCUGGCUUUGGAUAUGCAACAGCAGCACAGCAAUAUGCUGCAGUGCAGCAGCAUCAGCACGCCGCAGCAGCCGUUGCUGCCGGUCACUAUUACCACCACGCCCAUCCACACGCCCAUCCCCAUGCACACCCACACGCCCAUCCACACGCCCAUGGCCAUCCACACGCCCACCACCCACACGCACAUCAAUAUGGACAUGGAAUGCACCACUAUGCAGCAGCAGCAGCAGCAGCAGCACUACCUGGCACCACAGCCGCUGUCGCCGCUGCCGCAGCCGCUGCAGCCGCAACAACUGAACAACAGCAACAGCAACAUCUCCAGCAGCAGCAACAGCAGCAACAACAUCCUGCCAUGCUAUCAGCAGCUGCCGCCGGUGCUGGAGCACACAAUGAGCUAUCACACUAUUAUUGGUAACGAGCCGGGCCACUACGACACCUACACGACCAGCGACGGCCACCAGAUAUUGCAGCUGAUGCCGGCUGCCUCGCUGUUUGCGCCCUAUGCACCACUGUCGCCCUAUUCGGUGGCUGCGCAGCGCUCGCCGCAGGAGGGGGACUUGCCGCCGGUGCAUACGCUAACGAAUGCACUGCAGGCACAGCAGGAGGCGCAACAGCAGCAGCAGCAGCAGCAACAACAACAGCAGCAGCAACAUACAACUUUAACGCUGCUGGCCACGCCCACUCCGUAUUCGCCCACAGUGAGCAGCUCGCGUGCAACGCCAGCUCUCGAGCUUGAUAUGGCAUCGCUCAUAGCACAGCAGCAACAGCACGACUACGAGCAAUAUCAGUUGCAGCAACUCGAGCAGCAGCAGCAGCAGCAACUCGAUCAGCUGCAGCUGCAACAAACUGUUGCUGUGCUGCCUAAAAAGCGACGCGCUGCCGUUGCACUUUCCUCAACAACAACAAUAACAACAGCAACAGCUGGAGCGGGAACAACAACUGUUGCUGGUCCGCCCAGCAAGCGACGGCGCAACAGCAGCAUCGGCUCAACAUCGCCACACUCGACCACAUUGCCAUCGGGCCGCAUCAAGUGCUUGGAGUGCGACAAGGAGUUCACCAAGAACUGUUAUCUCACGCAGCACAACAAGAGCUUCCAUUCCGGUGAGUAUCCAUAUCGGUGCCAGAAGUGCGGCAAGCGCUUCCAAAGCGAGGAUGUGUACACCACGCAUCUGGGCCGCCAUCGCACCCAAGAUAAGCCGCACAAGUGCGAGCUCUGUCCAAAGCAAUUCCAUCACAAGACCGAUUUGCGGCGACACGUGGAGGCCAUCCACACGGGGCUCAAGCAGCACAUGUGCGAUAUCUGUGAGAAGGGCUUCUGUCGCAAGGAUCAUCUGCGCAAGCAUCUCGAGACGCACAAUCGUCCACGGGUUGUUGGCAAAAAGGCAGCGGCAGCUGUUGCUGCUGCUGCUGCUGCAACAGCCAAAGCAGCAGCGGCAGCAACGGCAGCAGCAGCAGCAACAGUUGCUAGGACGGCAGCUGACGAUGUUGCUGCUGACGAUGAUAGUUUGCUAGACGAUGAUGAAGACGAUAAUGAUGCCGAACAGCAGCAUCAGCAGCAGCAACAGCAACAGCAGCAGCAGCAGCAACUGUUGCUGAGCGGCGAGCAUCAUUUGAUUAAAAACGAAUUUGUUGAUAUUAAGAAUGAGUACGAGGAAGAGUUCGCGGAGGAAUUUCACAUCAUUGAAAAGGACAUUGAUAUGUAUUGAAACGGGAGGGAUAUAUGUAUAUAUAUAUAUACAUAUUUCUAACAGAAUACGUAUA